CAAAUGCCGCAGUAUUGUUGUUUUUAGAAUCUUGUUUUUUCGUAUGUUCUUGUUUUUCCUUUCUUCGAGAUUAAUUUUUAUAGUAGGCGCCAGGGAGUUAAAAUGCAUGUGUAACUUUUACUGCAGCCGGAACACUUGUCUUUCAUUGCACCGUAAUUUUUUGAAGAGCAGUCAUUACUCUGAUUGCGCUUACAGCUUGCGUCUGCUUUUAUCACGGAUCGGGUUGUUGAUGCUAAACUGCAAUGGAAUAGCCGAAAACUUAUCCAGAGUACUUAUCCAGCUUUAUUUUUGCAAUCACCACUGAUACAAUGUCUGCUGGCCCGUAUAGCACAGGAGCCCUGAUCUUGCGAAACCAUCCGCUGGCAUAUGUCGUGGAGAAUAACAGAAGAGCGGAAGUCUGCGAGUACUGCUUCCGAUCGGACCUUAAGGUUCUUCGCUGCUCCAAAUGCAAACUAUCUUCGUAUUGCAGUCCGGAUUGCCAGAAAAAAUCAUGGAAGGAAAGCCACAAGCACGAAUGCGAUGGAUUAAAGCGUACCGAGGGAAAAUUAUCCAGCUUUAUGCAGCUGCUUGCUCAAACCGUGCUGAAAUUGAAGCUGGGAAUCGAUGGCGAAGAUCCGAAGCGAAAUAUCACACCUUUCCAGCGUCGAUUUCAUGAUUUGGCAUCGCAUUGGACGGAAGCAAAAUGUGAUAAAGAAAUCGCCGAUUACAUUACACAAGCAGGGAAAACCCUUGCGGACUACUUUGCAGAUCCGGCAUUUGAAGAAUUUCUUCGGUUUGAUUCUCUUGGCGAGAUUUACAGUCGCAUUAAGAGCAACGCCUACGCCAUACAGGGGCCCAUGAAUGAGCCUGUCGGACAUGGGGUGUUUUUGUCCGCGGCGAAAUUCGAUCACUCUUGCAAACCCAACUCUAGCCAGUCGUACGAUGGACCGGAUAUGAUCGUGCGAGCCAUUACAGAAAUACCAGCUGUUGAAGACGUGCGCGUAACGUACACGGCUCUUCAUCAACCUGCACGAUUGCGGAGGAAAUUCCUCAAGGAGCAUUACUUUUUCGACUGUGAAUGUGAACGUUGUAACGAUGUUUUACACGAUGCAAUGCUGCAGAGUAUCAUGUGCCAAAAGAAAACAUGCGGCGAGGCCGUGCCCUACCGCAGUCAACCCAGUGGAGCGGUCAAAUGUCCCCACUGUAAAUCCAAAGUCGCUGCCAAACCGUUGGCUGAUGCGGAUCAGUUGAUGACCGACGGAGAACUGGUGAUCAGUAGAAUGGAAGCCCAGAUGAGCCGUGGAGAAUUCGCAUCCGUUGUCCAGCUGGCGGAUCCCAUUUUGCGGCGCGCAGCCGGUCUGCUGCAUCCAAAACAUUUUGUGAUCUGCACGAUGUCGUUGCUCUGCUCGUCGGCCUACACUUCACUGGGUGAUUUUAAUAUGGCAUUUACGUUCAGUCAGAACGCUCUGGAAGGUACGACUUUCGCUUAUCCCGAGAAGCACAUUGCCGUCGGAUCGCAUUUACUGCAGUUGAUCCGUGUCGGACUACAGACCAACAUCCGGGCUAAAUCUCUGUAUGAUGAUCUGGAAUUAUUGGGACGGAAUGCCCUGAGCAUAACGCGUAUUGCAGCCGGUGGAGAUUCAGCAGUGCAUAAGAAAGCCAUUGAAUUGUACGAAGCUGUGAUGGCGGAAGGACGAGCGAUGCAGCAUCUGGGUGGUGGAUGUGAUGGCUGUGGGAAUCACCACCAUCAUUAGAAUGUUAACUUGUCUGAGUAUUUUUGGCAGUUGUUGUGGUGCUUGUGUGUUUUUAUUGAUUGAUAAUUUGGUUAAUGAAUUUUUUGAUUUAGUUCACUUUGUAGUUUGUAACUUUGUACCAUGUUGUCUUUACUGAUUGUAAAUGGUUUUAACUUUUACCAGCACAGAGCAUAAAUUAUUAUAUUAAAUUAAAGAUAAAAUAAUUGUUGUUA